CGAGUGUAUCUGGACUCACGUUGACUGUAGAUCGCAGGCGUAUGCAUGUGCUGUAUCAUAUCGGUCCAUCUCUUGCGCGAACAUGGCACCCUCAAUCGCGAAAUCGAUCACCAUCGAAUCUCGCUUGUUAUCAAUCUUGUUACGAUGAUGAUGUUCAACCCUGUUUGGUGGCUACAGAGAGGAGAUCGUCGCCGCAGCAGCAUGUUGCCCAGAGAAUUCAAUUUAUCGUGCAUACCAUCGCACAAAAUCUGCAUCGAUUGAGAUCCAUUAUCACGAGUCUGCUGACCAGUUUUUCAUGCAGUCUAAUUGCGGCCACGGCAGCCCUUGUCGCCCCGGGAGUCCAUCGUCACAUCGUCGACGACGCCGUCGUUGGUCGAUCCUCAAUGCAACGUGGUACGAAAUGAGGGGUUCCCAGCAUGCGAUGCCGGCUGUCGAGAUGCUGUACACGGACAGCUUUUGCGCCGAGGCGGUGAAAUCACCGGUGACGUGACCAUUGUCUAUCAGUCCUCGUUCUCAUCAUCCUACAGUAGCCUCUACCACAGAAGAUGAAAGUCCGCCGC